GCUCGGCUUAUAUCAUUUUGUCAAACAAAAACACAGAAACCCUGCGAAAAGAGAGUGCAAAACCGCCACAACGCUUUGUUUUGAAGCUCCACCUUAACUCAUGUCGCAUGCACUUCAUCUCCUUUCCAAUAACUUUCCUGGUUAUGGACCAACAGACUGCAGACAUAUGUCCUACUUGGGCAUUUCUGGAAGGGUGGUGAUACUUUCUCCUUGCUCUUCCCAUGGUGAUCACAAGAUUUGCACACAGGCGAAGAUUAGAUCUUUGAAAUGUAGUUCGAGGGGAACACCUUUUUUCUGCAGAGCAGGUUCUAGUGGUCACAGGAGAAACAAUGACUUCUCGAGGCAAAGACAUGGGUUUCGAGGGAGGAAGCAAAAUGAAGAGAGAGAGAAUCUUGAAGAUCUAGAUGGAUCUGAAAUGAUAUCUUCAAGAAAUGGACCAUUACUUUCCCUUUCUGGUUCCCCAAAAUUUCAAGCAACUGCAGCCCCAGGUCCUAGAGAGAAGGAGAUUGUGGAGCUUUUUAGGAAGGUCCAAGCUAAACUUCGAGAAAAAGCUGCAGUUAAAGAAGACAAGAAAACUGAAGCCUCACAGGGAAAGAACAAAGAGAGUGAAAGAGUUGAUUCUCUCCUUAAGCUAUUGAGGAAGCACUCGGUUGAACAAGGUAAGAAAAACAACAGCAGAGACUUGAAUUUAGACAAUCCAGAAGUGAAUGGCUCUUCUGGUGAAGAUAAAAGCUCCAGUUUCUUUGGUUCAAACGAUAGAGCUAGGAGUGAGACCAAAAAAUCCUAUGCCCCUAGUUUAAGCAGACCAGCAUCAAAUUUCCGACGAAAGUCACCUGUUCCGCAAAUGAAAUUUCAAACAAUUUCUUCUGGCGAGGAUAUUGUCAAUUCUGUGGUACAUGUCAAUUCAGAUAGGAAGAGAAAUUUGAGUUCGGAGUUACACCCUGCAGCCGAUCAUGUACAUGAAAUAGAUGAGGAACUAGAUUCUGAAUCUGAGCCAGAGCUUGAGCUUGAGCCCGAGUCAGUCUAUCAAGAAUCUGAUGUAUUGGAUGAUUUGUUAGAGGAUGAAUCUUCUGAUGUUGAUGAGGAAGACAGAGAACAGCAUACUGAACAUGAGGAUUUAAGUGCAUUGAAGCUGCCAGAACUUAGGGUGCUUGCAAAAUCUCGUGGGUUAAAGGGGUUUUCCAAAAUGAAAAAGGGUGAUUUGGUGUCGCUACUUAGUAGCUCAGGGCUAAUUGAUGAAGCCAAAAACUAAUGAUCACUUUCAUUUUGAUAGUGAUUUGUGAGAUUCUCAUUUUGGUUUUCAUAGUACUUAUUUUCUGUUUAUUAUUAAAUGUAUAAUUGACUAACCCAAAAAUCCUUCCAAGGGGCGGGAAAAUAUGGAUGUUUUGAUAUAGUUCUGUGAAGUUACCCAUGUUACAGUUCUUACAUUCAUUAGAGGAAUAUAUCUUCUUUUGUUCUGUA